AUGUCUCAACCCAAGCAGACCGCUGUGAAGCCUAGCAUCGAGGUUCCGCUUAGUAUUGCUGGUUCAACAGCCCCAAAGGAGCCCAAUGAACUUCCCGCCGGAGACAUGGUCAACGGCAGCGAUCACUCACGCACCGAAUUCCAGAACACCGCCAAGGCACCCCAGAGAGAUGUUCUCGGUGGUAUACCCGGCUUCAUCAUCCCAAAGAAGAAGCGCGAGCGAGUUGUGAGUACGACGAUCAGUCAGGGCGAAAAGUCAAUAACCAGGAUCCAGUCCGUGAGCGAUAACCACACGAAGUCUCAUGCCGUCGACCUACUCUCCUCCGACGGCGGGAGCAGCCCUGACACCAACUACGAGUAUUCCACCCACAAGACCGAGAAGUCCACUGCUUCACCACUCAAGCGCCUCAAGCUCGCCUCAAAGCGAAGCUCAUCCGAGACUCCCGACGUCAAGCCCGUCAAAUCAACGAAUUCUGCCACGCCCAGCACAUCUCGGUCCGGCAAGCGGCCCCGCACCACCAAAGCCUCUUCCCCCCAGCUCUACAGCGUCGGCACGCAAGCCAUGAUCCGCCCCUUCCUCGGCGGCAGCGGCACCCCCGCCAUCAAAGCCCUGCGCACCCCCGUCACCAUCACUGACCACAAAUACAACGAGCAGCUACGCAGCCACUUCUACCUUGUCGAAAGCGAGGGCACCGUGCUGCCGCUCAGCACGUUCUGGUGGGCGCCUGAGAAGAGUAUCGACGUGGGAUUUGGUGUUGAGGAAGUCGUGCAGGUGAAAGUCAAUGGGCAGUGGGUUGAGGGGCAGGUGGUGGAGAAGGUGUCGGAGGAUGAGGGGUGGGGGUACGAGGUUGAGGUUGUGGGGGUGGUGAAGGUGGGGGAGAAGGAGCUGAAGAAGGCGGUAGGUGAGGGUGGGAAGGUUAAGGGGGAGAAGACGGAGGGGGCGAAAGGGGAGGUCAAGGACGUUAAGGAGGAGAAGUGA